CUUCCGGCAAUCCUAGAAAACGGUCAGGAUUUCAGCGUGAUGCCGCUCUAGGACUUUUGACAGCUCAUCUCAAUGGCCCCGCCGCCCUGGUUAUGGACUAGAGCGGCAUAAUCACGAACAAGCGGUUAUUUGCGACAUUUACCGGGCAACCAAAGCCCCAGGUUUCCUCCCACUUCACUAUGGGUUUCCUGGUGUGAUGUAGAAGAUUGGGCGACGUCGCCGGAAGCGGCAUUUGGAGACGAACCGGAAGCGAACGGCCGGUCUGCACCAGCCGGCUGAGUGACAGUGGUAAGCAAAAGAUGAGCACUCCCGGGAGCUCGGUGACCAACCGUGGACGGCGUUUCAAAUGGGCCAUUGACCUGAGCGGCCCAGGAAGUGGCAGUAGGGGUCGGAGUGACCGAGGCGGAGGUCAAGGGGACACCAUGUAUCCCGUAGGCUACUCAGACAAGCAGGUGCCGGACACGAGUGUGCAAGAGACAGAUCGUAUCUUAGUGGAAAAGCGCUGCUGGGACAUUGCCCUGGGCCCUUUGAAGCAAAUCCCCAUGAAUUUGUUCAUCAUGUAUAUGGCAGGCAAUACCAUUUCCAUCUUCCCCACCAUGAUGGUCUGCAUGAUGGCGUGGAGGCCCAUCCAAGCUCUCAUGUCCAUAUCGGCCACCUUCAAGCUACUGGAGAGUUCAAGCCAGAAGUUCCUGCAGGGUCUAGUGUACUUAAUUGGCAACUUUCUGGGGUUGGCCUUGGCUGUAUACAAGUGUCAGUCAAUGGGGCUGCUGCCAACUCAUGCGUCUGACUGGCUGGCUUUCAUCGAGCCCCCCGAGCGCAUGGAGUUCACUGGUGGCGGUCUAGUGUUGUGAUUCCUGGAGCCGGCUGCUGUAGGUGCCUGGGAAAUCAUCGCCGAAUACUGUUCUCCUUUCAAUGCACUGUUGGCGCCCACCAGCUCUAAGUAGGUUCUGUUCUGUUGAAGACCAGCUGUACAGACAGUAUCAAACAUGAAAGACUUGUUUCUACCAGAGGGUGGAGGGUAAGAGUCAUCUAGCCAGCUGUAUUGUCCCUUCCUCCAUAGUGCGUUGCUGCUGCCUUUGCCUGCCUGUUUUGUUCCAGUGUGAAUAAAGAUGUUUUAAAAUUA